UCCACUGCGAUGUCUCUCUUCUACUCCAACUUCUUCCUCGACGAUGAUCUCCUAUACAACAAGGAAACCUCCAGCAUCUUAAUUUGCCGGCGGAAAGCUUCUCUGAUGUCGAUUUGUCUCCGCCGUCGGAGAAAGAGUAGCUGAAAGAAAGAAACUAGUUUCUUCUAUAGAUAGUGACAGCAUUGCUGGAUUUGAAGGAAACGGUAUUUCUUAUGAAAGCGGUGAGAAAUCUCUAUCAAGCGACUCAAAUACACAGAAAGAUUCUUCCAGCAGCGGCAGUGCUGUGGAAAAGCCACCACCGUUGGCUGGGACCAAUGUUAUGAACAUUAUAUUGGUUGCUGCAGAAUGCGCUCCUUGGUCGAAAACAGAUUUCAUGACUAUGGAGUUGAUGGGGGACCUGCAGCAAAAGCAAUCAGAUCGAAGUUUGAUGCGUUUAUAAGUAAAGUUGAUUCACAUGUUGGCUUCCAACUUCCACAAAUUGAUAUACAAAUUUUAGUUGCUGGAGCUAUUGCUCUCAAGGGCGUUGGAGGGAUUUUUUUCAUACUCGGCAGUACACUUGGAGCUACACUUCUGCUUUUGCAUCAGUUGAUUACCACUCCAAUAUUGUAUGAUUUAUAUAAUUACGAUACAGAGGACAUAGAAUAUAUUCAACUUUUCAUCAAAUUUACCCAGAAUUUGGCUCUCUUCGGGGCUUUAUUGUUUUUUAUUGGGAUGAAGAACUCAAUUCCUAGAAGGCAACCCAAGAAGAAGGUUCCCAAAACAAAAACUUACUAGCAGCCGUAAUUUAAGGUCUCAUUUUGCAAGAAGGUUCCCUGGUUGUUCAAUGUUCAGAAUUCCUAUUCCCAAAUUUCCCAGGAACUAUCUUGAGUGUUUGUCUGGCACAGCACAAAUCUCCCAUCCGAUGAGUAUUGUAGGUGUAGCAUUAGUCUCAUGGAUUACACAUAAUUUAUGUAUGCAUAUAUUGUUCUAUUGUUUGACAUUGUAAACUAUCUUUCAAUUGAUAAACUUGUCCACCAAGACGGGUUAAAAUCCAUGAUUAGAGCCUGUUUGCUCGAACUUAAGAGAGUGUUGAUUUCAUUUUUUUUAAUGGUCUUAAAAGUGUGGACGUUGAAAAUUGCUGCUUUGCCAGCAUAU